UAGUUGUUACUUUGGGGUACUUACGUGUUGCAGUAUCUGAAAACCCCUCGGAUAUCCAGCUCUCGGGUUAUUGCAGUUAGUAAAGGGGCAUUUGUCGAAGAUUGGCCCAUGCCAAUUAAUACCAGUACUCCUCCUGGCCUGGUAGCCUAAAGAAGAAAGAGACGACCACAAGACACAGCAACGAUGACCUUUUACGACGGACUUUACCCCUUCUACCCAACAGCUCGGACACCUGCAGGGUUCAACACCAUUGAGAUUGUGGUCAUCAUUAUCUUUUUAGUUUUCCUGGUGUCUUUCCUCAUAAUACUCAUUGGAAUCCGCGGAGCUGAAAGAUUCCACUGGCUUGCAAGAAUAACCCUCAGCCUGUUCAUCGGAGUUGUUAUUGUUGCUGUUAAUUUCAGCAAUAACUGGGAACGGGCCUCUGCCACUGUGAACACUACAUAUAAAUCAUUCAGCAGUGUGAAUGUGAAUGCUGAGGUCGGGAUUCAUGUCGGGUUUUCAGGAGUAAACGUCACCCUCAAAGGAGUUCCUGAAAUCCAGCAGAAUGAAACCAUCAACUACAAUGAAGAGUUUUUGUGGACAUCUGGGAACAGCUUUGCUGAUGCAUAUCGUGACGGGCUGGAGAGGGGCCUUCCCGAUCCGAUCCUGUACAUCGCAGAAAAGUUCACUCCGAACAGCCCAUGUGGUGUUUUUUCACAGUACAAGGUCUCCAGCCAUUAUGCCUCAGCCACAAUGUGGGUUGCCCUUGCUGCCUGGAUGCUCGCCAACAUCCUUCUCUGGCUCAAAGUCCCUCUAUCCGGAGCCUACAUGAUAUUGGUAACCGGUGCGUUCAUGAUAUUUUCACUCAUCUCCUUCGGCACAACAAGGAAGACAGAACUCUGUGCGAUCCAGUUUAACGAUGUGACGUUGCGCAGUUCCCUAGGUCCAUCCUUUUGGCUAACAUUGGCAACAGCUUUGCUGUCAUUAAUUAUCGGGAUCACCAUUAUGGCACUGAGCGUCUGGGCUCCACAAAUUCUGAGCAAAGUCUUGGUCUUAACCGACAACACCAAUGAUGAAGACACGGAUAUCGAAGAUUAUUACAAUGUCCACUACCGGGAGAAUGAAAAACCUACUGAUGUGCCAAUGAAUACCCUGGGAAAUGUGGUGUGAUCUGCAGAAAAAGGAUUCCAGGCCAUGUAUCUGCAUGUUCUCGAUGCCUACUUCUCGUAGUAUUUGGACCUUUAAUCCACAUCUGUGCAAACACUCUUAAAUUUCAGAUGUUAGAUGGAAGGGGAGAAACGCUAAUAGUUCUAACCUUGUUUCUCUUUCGCUGUAACAUUUAACAAACACCUCUGAGAGGUGAAUGAUCUGUUCGGUAGGAUUCCAAUUCAUGACAGGCGCAUGUUGAACCAACAUCAAUUGAAGAAUAAAUGUAUGUUACUUCAAAGUCACGAGUUAAAUAUCACAUCGGGAAAGUUAAAGGGAGUCAUAGAGUGAUACAGCAUGGAAACAGGCCCUUCGGCCCAACUUGCCAACAUGUCUCAACUACACUAGUCCCACCUGCCCGUAUAUCCCUCCAAACCUGUCCACUCAUGUACAUGUAUAACUGCUUCUUAACUGUUGGGACCGUCCCUGCUUCAACUACCUCCUCUGGCAGCUUAUUGUCAAAGCCGCCUCAGCCAGACAUAACAAACAUUAUUUUACACGGGCAGUAGCUCCACUCAAUAACCAAAAAUCUGUAGCCACCUUUUGCUCUGAUAUUUUAUUUCAUUCACAUGUUUAAACUAUAAUGUUUUAUUCUUAAUGUUUUAAUGUUUUAGUCUUAAUUGUUACUGUAUGUCGUGUUGUUACUUGUGAGUGGAGCACCAAGGCAAAUUCCUUGUAUGUGUACAUACUUGGCCAAUAAACGUAUAUUCAUUCACUAAUUUGUUCCCUUCACCCACCACCGCCCUUUGUGUGAAAAUGUGACCACUCAGAUUCCUAUUAAAUCUUUUCCCCUUCACCUUGAACCCAUGUCCUCAGCUCCUCGAUUCGCCUACUCUGGGCAAGAGACUCUGUGCAUCUGCCCGAUCUAUUCCUCUCAUGAUUUUACGCACCUCUCUAUAAGAUCAACCUCCUGCGCUCCUAGGAAUAGAGUCCCAGCCUACUCAACUGGUAGCCCUGUAGCUCAGACCCUCUAGCCCUGGCAACAUCAACAUGGCAGAGAAAGUAUCCCAACUUUGUAGGAAUCGGAGGACAAUUAGAAAACCACCAUCAUGGCAAUUUGGGGUAGGCACAGAAUACUGGAGUAACCCAGCGGGUGAGGCAGCAUCUAUGGAGAGAAGGAAUUGACGAUGUUUCGGGCCGAGACCCUUCUUUGCAAAUCUUUACGUACCGAUGUUGGGAGAAUGUGUACUUUUAUAAAAUUUUAUAUUUGUUUCAAAAAUAAAUAAAAUGCCAUUACUAUAUUUCCAAUGA